AUCACAAUGGCGAAUCGAUUGCCCCUUGAUGCUAGGACAUUUAUAUUCGUGGUGGGACUUCAUGUAACCCCAUUGUCGAUCGACAGCCAUAUCAUCGUUCACGGCUUGUGCCAACAGCCUUUGCUCCAAUUCGGUAACCUCAGCCUUGUUCUACGAUGUCUUAUACUCCUGAGCAGUUGGAGGCACGCGAACUCCUGGAAAAGCAUGUCGUGAUGGCCUUCCUGGUGGCCACUUGGAUCUUCGUCAUUCUGCGCAUUUACGUUCGAGGAAGACUGAUCCGUGUGUUUGGUUGGGAUGAUACUUGGAUGAUAUUAGCACAGCUCAUGUUCACUUUAUACUGUGCUUUUUUCCUCGUUCUCUUAUCAUAUGGAGGCAACACAGCGAUUAUGAACUAUGACAUGCAAACCAAGAUCACCAAUUGGAGUAUUGCCACGUUUUGCCUCUACAUUGCCACCAUCUGCUUCCUCAAAGUCUCGCUCGGUUUACUCUUCAACCGCAUCGUGAUUAAAAAGUGGCAGCGCUUUGUAGUUUACGCCACGGUGGCCGUCAGCACCCUUACGAGCAUAGCGGUUCUCUUUUUCAUCGUCUUCCGCUGCGGCACAGACGUAGGCGACUUCCUUCCAAGAAUGAUCGCAGGGCAUUGUGCGCCUCGCAGUAUAAGCCUAGUUUUUCUAUAUCUGCAUGGCGCGAUAAACGUGGCUACCGACUGGAUCUUCGCAACAUUGCCGAUACCUGUUCUCUGGAACGCGAAUAUGGGAACUAGGACCAAGGUCUCAUUCGGCUUCAUUCUAGCUCUCGGUGCUGUCGGCAGCAUUUGCUCGAUUGUUCGGUGUUUCUACAUCAACGGGGCGUUCCGUCGCGAAGGCUUCUUCUGGAACUCCGCCACCGCAGCCACCUGGUCCACCAUCGAGCCCGGCAUCGGCAUCAUCGUCGCCUCGCUCGCAACCAUGCAUCCCCUCUUCCGCAUCCUCUUCAGGGAAGCCCGCGACUUGUCGUCCCGCUACGGCCAGCCCGUCACUAAUCUCUCAAAGCAAACGCGCCGCUCCUUACCCUUCCGCCCUCCCCCGCCUCCCACCUCCACCCCCGAUGAAUCUCUUGAUGUGAGCUCCGUUGAGAUGACACGGUCUCCUCCAAGACUCGGGUCAGGCGGGGUCAAGUCUAUCCUCAAGACGACGACGAAAGCGUCGACGGUAGAAACCGUGGGCGCGAAGACCGGGCACAUCACGCGGGAGAUAUAUAUCAGACCGCGCAAUACGGGGUCCGAGGAUGUCUUCAUUGAGAUUGAUCGAGAAAGCUGGUAUAUCGAGCCAAGCGAUGGCAGGUCUAGCCGUCAGUCGACGUCGCUAGAGCUGGUCAACCAGGCAGUGGGCGCGUUGGAGGAGUAUAUUGAGACACACGGAUUGGAGGAUGGGACGGUUGAGCUUGAUCGGAGGAGCUUGAAUACGAUUGAUGAGGAGGAUGGAUGAAGCGUUGCGGGUGUUCAUGGGGUUUAGCGGGAAAUGGCGAGUGGCACAUGUCCCUUUAGGGAUGCUUGGUGUAUAGGAUGGCGUAGUUGGCUGUGUAUGGCGUAGUUGGCUGUGUGUGGCGUAGUUGGCUGUGUGUGGCGUAGUUGGUUUUGGAUAUCCGUUUGUUGGUUGAACAUUCUGCAGAUGAUUUUAUAGGGAG